AUGCUUUGGUUGACUUUUCUGUUUGGAAUCUCCUUUCAUGUUUGCACUGAAUUACGCAAUUCUAAUCUGCUAUGUGACAUCAGCAAUUUAUUUCAUAAUGGGUACAAUAACACACAUCAUUUAAAAUUUACAGUUCUCUGUCACCUAGCAUCGAAAAUUGGAGACUUCAAGAAUUUUGAGCUUACGACAGAAAAAUGUCAAUCACAUUUCAUCAAUGGUUUUGUCAGAAAACAUAAUCAUGCCUUGAAAUUAGUAGCAACAGCUAAUAAUACUUUUAAAUUUAUAAACUUGGGACAACUUUUCACAGCAUUAGGAAUGCUUUUUUAUUAUUGUUUCAUUGGUGAAGUUAUGUUGAAUAUGAGUGAUGCACUGAGUCAAUUUUUGUACUGUUCUCAAUGGUACGCUUUAAAAAGUAUCGCAACUAAGAAGAAAGUUUUAAUCAUUUUAAUGAUAACGCAAAGGGAGAAAGGAUAUUCAGCUGUGAAUGAAAUACGAUCCGUUACUAGUUAG